AUUGCAUCAGUAUGACACAAAAAAUUAAAAGAAAAAAUUGCUGUUAAGGAAGCUGAAGUUAUUGGGAAGCAAACCUGGAAAAACGAAACAGCGAUGCUGGCUAUUGUCGUCGAGGUAGCCGAACUCCCGGUCUUUACAAAAACUACUGAGCCAAGAAAGUUCAAAACCAUAAAGCAGCAUAUGACGGAUUUCAGCGCAUGAAACGUUGCCAUUAGUUAAUUCGUUAGGCCAAGAUGUGAUAUACAUAAACUCUAUGCGACAAGAAUCUCCAAUUCCCAAAUCCCGAAGAGAUUCGUCAUGAAUAAUCACUGCAUGCCAAGUAUUCACGCAAAUGGGAUUUUCAUUAACAUUGUGAAGAGAGGAAUCCACCCCAUUUGGACAGCUCCAAUAUAAGAGAGACUUUACCGAGCUAUUACUAUCCUGAUAAGUUGUAUAUGGUGUACUCAAGCUGAAAUUGUAGAGGCCUAAAGAAUAACGAGGAAGGGAGGAGUAAUCAUGCGGUCGAAUGUUGACAUCCACUAACCGUAUUGUAUAGUUGUUGUAAUUAAUUGACUUAACAUAGUAUUUUCCGAAGCCCAAAUAGAGCAACAAUUGGUUGUCCUCGCAGGAUAGGUUGUACCUCGUAUCACCACACGUGUCUGGACUGUCUUGUAACCGGAAAGGGUGGGUUAUGUUAUGGAUCCCACACCGGCGAGAACAGAGUUGAGCAUCUUCCUUUGCAUUGCACUUGUAACUUUGAUAGAGGAAGAGUAGGAACACCACCAAAAGGGUUAUCCGGGAUACAGCAAAGGAUAGCAUUUCAAUGGUCUUGCAGAUUAGAAAUAUUCAAAGCACGAGGCAAAAAUGACACCAAUAAGAUAAAAGGAUAUAUGCAUCAAAUUAAACAAGUCUCGUGGAAGUUAGAGUUGACUUAAGUCAACAAAUUAUUGGGAGGAUUUAAUAGUGCCACAAACUCAAAGUCGAUGCAUGGAAAAUAAUGUCCAUGAAAUUAGCUUCUGACGUCAGUUCAUAUGUCAUAAGAGGAAAUUGCUGAGAAGCUACUGUUAAAGCCGACUGUACAGUUGAAUACAGCAAAGGACUUAUUUAAUGUGAGAUAUGUGAAUUGUUAAGAUGUCACGUUAGCUAAGAAUGUGGCCAGAAUACUCCCUAUAAAGUUUUGGACAAUCCUUUUCUUAUUGAAUGUCAAUAUAGUUGGUUUUUGAGGUAAGCUCUUAUGUCAUAGAAGGAAAUAAUUGGGAAACUGUAGAGAGAUUGAAAAGUCUUUCAACCGAGACGGGGUUGAAGGUGAAGAACUAGAGCCAAAGACUCACUCGAGAUAUGGAUACUUGUUUAGUAAUAGCAUCCUCUUCCGUUGUUGGAUUGUUGUUGAUGGUUUGCUUUAAUGUAGAGCUUGCAUUUGGCAUCAGUAUGAUCAACAAAUGUUUAGAUUUAUCAUGCGGAAAUCAGGUGAUUCGAUUCCCUUUCCGAAUCAAAGGACGCCAUCCACAACAGUGUGGCUAUCCGGGCUUCGACUUAUCUUGUUCAACUAGUAACGAAACUGUGAUUGAACUCCAUAAAUCAGUGAUGCUCAGAGUCAACAGUAUUGACUACAAACACCAAACGAUUGCAUUAUCUGAUCCAUACGGUUGCCUUUCCAAGCACCUACCGAACCUCAAUCUAUCAGGUUCACAUUUCCAGUUCAAGCCCGACUACUAUGCAGACAGUAGCUAUAACUUUUUCAAUUGUUCAAAACCAACUAAUAGAGAUUUGAACUAUUAUUUGGUUCCAUGCCUAACCACCUCAACCUCUCAAGCGUAUGCUAUUCCAUCUCGCGAGAUGAUCCAGGACUUGCCCCUGUCAUUUUGUACAAAAAUGUUUAACAUUUCAUUCUUCCCUUUUAAUUCCUUAAAGGACAACGUUCUUCUUUUAAUGUGGUCUGCUCCAAACUGUAAGCAUUGCGAAUCAAAAGGGAACACGUGUGGUUGGAAGUGGAACAACUAUACUGCCAAGCAUGAAAUAUUUUGUUUCAGCAAUCCCAGAGGUUCAUCCACAGCCCUAUUGACCACAGGAUCAGUCCUAGGAUCGUUCUUUCUUGUCCUGUUGACUGGUGGAGUCUACCACAUCUAUGACUCUUACAAACUGCAAAAAGAAAAGCAAGCAAUUAUUGAAAAAUUUCUAGAAGACUACAAGGCUCUUAAGCCCACUAGGUACUCGUAUUUGGAAAUUAAGAGAAUCACCCAUAAUUUUAAGGACAAGUUAGGAGAGGGAGCCUUUGGAAUUGUGUUUAAAGGGAGUAUUUCCGAAGAAAUUAUUGUUGCUGUGAAGAUGCUGAAUAGUUCCCAAGGAAAUGGGGAAGAGUUCGUUAAUGAAGUAGCUACAAUGGGUAGAAUCCACCAUGUUAACAUAGCUCGCUUGGUCGGUUUCUGUGCCGAUGGCUUUAGAAGAGCUCUUGUUUACGAGUUCUUACCAAAUGGUUCACUGCAGAAGUUCAUAAAUUCACCGGCCAACAGGCAAGACUUCCUUGGUUGGAAAAGGAUGCAGGACAUUGCUUUAGGCAUAGCCAAAGGAAUUGAAUAUCUUCACCAAGGUUGUGAUCAACGCAUUCUCCAUUUUGACAUUAAGCCUCAAAAUGUUUUACUAGACCACGACUUUACUCCAAAAAUAUGUGACUUUGGUCUAGCCAAAUUGUGUUCAAGGGAUCAGAGCAUAGUAUCAAUGACCACAGCUAGAGGUACUUUGGGGUACAUUGCUCCUGAAGUUUUCUCACGAAACUUUGGAAACGUGUCAUGCAAGGCAGAUGUUUAUAGCUAUGGAAUGAUGCUGCUUGAAACAAUAGGAGGGAGGAAGAUCACUAAGGACUUAGAGGAAAACACUAGCCAUGUUUACUACCCAGAAUGGAUUCACAAUCUUUUAGAAGAACGUGAGGAAAGGAGAAUUCACAUAGAUGAUGAAGGGGAUGCAGAAAUUGCAAGGAAACUAGCAACUGUUGGACUUCGGUGCAUCCAGUGGCAUGCUAUGGAUAGACCAUCCAUGCAAGUGGUUGUUCAAAUGUUAGAGGGAGACACAGACAGAACCCCAAUACCUCCUAAUCCUUUUGCGUCUACAGGAUCAAGGAGUAAAAGUACAAAUGUGGGUGUGGCUGCUAGACAACUAACUCAAGACUUAGAAGUUAUCCACGAAUUAGAUUGACUUGUAGCUUACAACUGAAUGAAAUAGGCUUUUCCUUUUUCUUUCUUUAGUUUAUGUGCUAUGGGAUAAGUAUAAUGUGGUGUUGCCGCUGGAUUAGACGAUAUAAAAUUUUAAAAUAUAAAAACAGUUUAUUUGCAUGUUAUAGUCAAUAGAUUAUAUAGAUGGUCCAAUACUCGAGUACAAUUGC